AUGUCCGCGAUUCGUCAACGAUGGACACGUCCUGCCAAAUUACUGCUAGGAACAGCCUUCAUCGGAGCAACUGUAUACACCUACGAUGCACAUUCCGAAGCUCAACUACUGCAGCGCACCAUGCGUACUUUUUAUAAUGGCAUUGCUCUCGCCAUCGACUACAAGCUCAACUUCCGACCAAGCAUGGAUGUCAAAGGCGCAUCACGCAUCGAGUCACUUCAUGAACGAGUAGCCAACCGCAUAUUCGAUGUGUUUGAACGCAACGGUGGAUUGUAUAUCAAGAUUGGUCAAGUUGUUGGCACACAAUCUGCCAUAUUACCAGUAGCCUAUCAGCGUCGUGCCAGACGAUUAUACGAUGCAGCACCCGCAUUACCUUUUGAGGUCAUUGAACGCGUCUUUCGUGAGGAUUUUGAUGGGAAAUAUCCAUGCCACGUCUUUUCAGAAUUCGAGAUUAUGCCCAUUGCAUCAGCUUCAGUGGCACAAGUUCAUCGCGCUCGUUUGCAUACAGGAGAAGUCGUUGCCGUCAAGAUCCAAAAACCAGCCAUCCUUCAGCAAAUGGAUUGGGACCUAAGAGCAUUCCGCAUUCUACUCUACAUUUAUGAAAAGCUCUUUGAUUUGCCAUUGUCAUGGUCAUCCGAUUACAUCGAAAAGCAUAUUCGCAUGGAGGCUGACUUUGUAUCAGAAGCACGCAACGCGACGUUGGCAUGGAAACACUUUCAAGAGGAACCAAGCUUGAAGGAUCGCGUCUACGUCCCCAAAGUGUAUCCCGAGCUUAGCUCAAAGCGGGUACUUGUCACCGAAUGGGUCGACGGUGUCCAACUUACCGAUAUGGAACGUCUCAAGGAGAGGAAGCUUGAUUUGGAAAAAGCCAUGCACACAACCAUCGAGGCAUUUUCCAGUCAAAUCUUUAGGAGCGGAUUUGUCCAUGGCGAUCCUCAUCCAGGCAAUGUACUUGUAAGACGGCACCCCACCAAUCAUCGUGAUGUACAAGUGGUUAUUAUCGAUCAUGGUCUUUAUAUCCAAGAAUCUGAAAAGUUCCGAUUGCAGUACUGUAAACUUUGGGAGGCUCUCUUUCUCUUGGAUAUGAAUACAAUGAACCGCAUAUGCAAAGAAUGGGGCAUACAAGACGCAAACAUGUUCGCAUCCAUCACGCUUCAAAAGCCCUUCAAUCCUGGCAAAGCUGUACAUCUUGGGAAGACAAAUGUAGACAUGAAGGAUAUUUAUGAGCUGCAAGUAUCACUCAAGGAGCACAUCAAGGACUUUCUCAAAGAUCAAUCACUUUUCCCUCGAGAGCUUAUUUUUAUUUCACGCAACAUGAACAUUGUCCGUGCCAACAACAAAUCUAUUGGCAGCCCUGUGAACCGUAUCAAUGUCAUGGCAAGAUGGGCCCUCUAUGGUCUGGCGAAGAGCAAACAAGAUGUUGACUACGCUACUAUACCAGUUCGACAACGCAUCGAAGACUAUGUUCGCACGACAUGGAACCUGUGUCUUUUUGAAAGCACUUUGUUUGCCAUGACCAUGAGCUUUUGGCUUGUGCGAAUUCGAGAUAGUAUCAGCAAGGUACUCUUUGGGACCGAUGGUCAAGGAUUUGAAGCUGUGCUGGAUCAAAAACUCAAGGAUCAGCUUCAACAACAAUUUGGUAUCACAAUUGACGAAUCCAUUUUCGACGCAUAA